AUGCAUCAAUUGAAGAAAAUAAUACGACGACUCUCUCACAAGAGCCAUGAAGAGUCUCACUCAUCAGGAUCUGUGGAUGAUGAACUUAAAGAAACUUCAACACUUUCAACUGGUGGUAUACACGAUGAGAGCUUAAUAACAACCGAAACUAUUGAAGGUUUCGAGAAUCUUCAAACUACGAAUGAGGUUGCCGAUUAUUGGCGUCGCAAAUUCUUGAAUUACGAUGGCCCGACCUUCCCAGCUAUUCCAUUCCCAAUAGUGUCUCUGUUUCUCGACAAUGAAAUGGAAUACGAAAUCAUCCAUGGGCAGGAUGAGCCUUCAAAUGUUUCAUCAAUAACCAAAAUUUAUGCUGCCUGGGCCUUGAUCAUUGGACAAUUGACCGGCUCGACCGAUGUUGUGUUCGGCUCCGCUGCCACCGAUUCUCAACAUCAGUUAGCAUCGAUGACACCAAUUGCCCCAGUCCGUGUAUUGCUAGAUACCAAUCAAACGGUAGUUGAUUAUCUCAAGACCGUACAGCAAAAUAUUUUGGAAAUGGAGCCCUAUAAACACACUGGAUUACUCGAGAUUUCCAAAUCAUGUUGGCAGGCUGAGCGUGCCUCUGGGCUCCAAACAGUGUUUAUUGUUUCAUCUCAAAGUGGGAACCAUUUCGGAACUGAAAAGCUACAUAAGAAACAUUGGAAUUCAAGUCACGCUCUAUUCAUUGGCAUCCACAUCGGCGCUAACAAAACGAAAAUCCGCACGUACUCUGAUUCUAGAACCAUUAGCCCUUGGAUGUUGAAUCGGCUUUUGCAGCGACUAGAAUGUGUCGUGAAACAACUUGAUAAUGUGGAGAUCGGUGCAAAAGUCGCCGACUUGAACAUGAUUUCAGACGGCGAUAUGAAGGAAAUAUGGCAGUGGAAUAACUCGGUUCCUCAGGCAAUCAGCCUGUCAGUGACAGAAAUGGUAGAAGAGCGAGCAAUGCUACAAGGGGACGCUCCUGCAGUAUCCGCGUGGGACGGAGAACUUACUUAUGGCGAACUUGGCCGCCUCUCUUCCGAAUUGGCAAUUAAGCUUGUGAAUCACGCGUCAGAUAUUCGACCCAACAAGAUGAUCCUUCUUUUCUUUGAGAAAUCAAUGUGGACAGCCGUCGCUAUGCUGGGCGUGUUGAAAGCUGGGGCAGCGUUUGUGCUGCUUGAUCCCCUUCUUCCAGAGAAAAGGCUGCAAGCAAUUGUACAACAGACAGAGGCCGAUCUUAUUUUGUGUUCCAUCUCCAACAUGGCUGUUGGCUCUGGUCUAGGUCGGGAGAUAUUGGCAGUUGGCCCAGAGUUGUUCAUGUCGUCGAAUGAUCUGAGUCCUCAAAUACUACCACAUCCUAGUCCAUUGUCUCUUAUGUAUGUCAUAUUCACGUCAGGAACUACUGGCACGCCUAAAGGAGUCGCCAUAACUCACCAAAAUUAUGCAUCCGCGCUUCACUAUCAAGCAAAACUUAUGGGACUCACUUCUCAAUCGAGGAUAUACGACUUUUCUGCCUAUAGCUUCGAUCUAUCCAUAUUUAAUGCGUUUUCUGCGUUUACCGUUGGUGGUUGCCUAUGCGUACCCAGCGAAGAGCAGCGGCGAGAAAAUCUAGCAGGGAGCAUAACCUUGCUCCGCGCCAAUUGGAUCUAUCUUACCCCAACAGUUGCUCGACAACUGUUGCCUGGGCAAUUACCUUUUCUUAAAUCAAUGAUAUUGAUCGGAGAGGCUGUGCAUGCCAAAGAUUUGAUGCCUUGGGCGGGCAAGGUACGUAUUAUGAAUACGUAUGGACCAUCCGAAUGCACUACCGCCAGCACGAUCAAUACAGUCGUAUCUCCCUUGGUGGAGGCUACGCGUAUGGGAACAGGGGUUGGGAUCAACACAUGGGUUGUUGAUCCUCAGGACCAUAACAAGUUGAUGCCUAUUGGGUGUAUCGGUGAGCUGCUCCUCGAGGGGCCACUUGUCGGUAACGGAUAUUUGGGAGAACCAAUGAAGACAAAUUCGGCAUUCGUCAAGAACCCAACAUGGCUGGUUAAGGGCUUACUGGGUAAGCCGGGUCGACAAGGUCGUCUUUAUAAAACUGGAGACUUGGUUCGGUAUCAUAGCGAUGGGAGUCUGUCCUUCGCUGGUCGGAAGGACAAUCAGGUCAAAAUUCAUGGCCAUCGAGUUGAACUUGACGAAAUUGAGGUUCGACUGCAUGAAUGCAUCAAAGGAGCAGUCCAUGCAACUGCGGAAAUUAUUGUCCCGAAGAAUUCAAGCCCGGUACUUGUGGCAUUUCUCCAGCUGAAGCGGGACGAAGCAGGUGCUGCGAUCGUGUCGCCACAAAUUCCUAGGAUAUACUCCAUCUCAACGGAGGCGAAGCAAAACGUCGCCAAGCAUUUGCCUGGAUACAUGGUGCCGAAUAUUUAUUUGGUGAUGGAUGAGCUGCCCCUUACCGCGACUGGAAAAAUUGACCGUAAACGGUUGCGCGAAAUAGGUGGUGAAUUUUCCUUCCAGCAGCUAGUUGAGCCACAGACCGUUGCUAUCAAGCGCCAGAUGACAACAGCCGUUGAACAUCGGCUACAGAAACUUUGGUCUCAAAUUCUCGGUAUUAGCCCCGAUAUUAUAAGCCUGGAUGACAGCUUUCUGAAAAUGGGAGGCGAUUCGGUCAGCGCCAUUCAGCUAGUGGCAGAAGCUCGUAAGGCUGGUCUUCAUCUGACCGUGGCAGAUAUCCUCAAGCAGCCUAUCUUCCAGGACAUUGCGAACCAUGCUAUUCAAGUUUCGGAAAGUUCGAAGGCUGAGCAAAAUAUCGCACCUUUUAGUCUCUUGGGUAAAGCGACUAAUAUCGCUUCUAUUAUCCAUGAUCUAUCCAUACAGUACGGUAUAGACCAUUCAAAUAUCGAGGACAUAUAUCCUUGCACGCCUCUCCAAGAAGGGCUUUUAUCACUGUCUUCCAGAGCUGGCGAUUAUAUUAUGCAAGCCGUCCUGAAAAUAUCACCUGAGACUGAUCUAAUCUCAUUGAAAAGGGCUUGGAGUGAAGUCUUCCAGACAACGGCAAUUCUUCGAACUCGAAUUGUACAACACAAGAGCUUUGGUAUUCUACAAAUGGUUUUGAACGAGCAACUGAGUUGGAUUGAUAUCUCUGGCAUCAGUGUGGAUCAAUAUCUUGAGAAUGACAAGGGGAUGAAUAUGGAAAUGGGCCAACCGCUUACACGGUUUGCACUUUUACGUGACCCCGUGGGCGCCACCAACUGGUUAGUUUGGACGAUGCAUCACAGCCUAUACGAUGAGUGGUCUUUGUCUCUUCUUCUAGACAGAGCAAAGAGAGUAUACGAAGGCCAACAAAUCGAGCCAGCUCCUCCCUUCCAAUUGUUCAUUAAAUACCUGCAAGUCCAAGACAGGGAAGCAGUAGCAAACUACUGGCGUGAAACUCUUCACCAAUGCGAAGCGACCCUAUUUCCGAUUCUCCCCUCUUCGGUUAUUUAUCCCGCGACGGAUAGCGUGAUUGGGUACCCCUUUGUAUAUUCCCAUUUGGAUCAAAGAGUUUCGGACAUUACCAUCUCAACACUUGUCCGUGCUUCAUGGGCCAUUAUUGCUUCUCAGAUGACCAACUCGGAUGACGUAGUAUUUGGUACUACUGUGACCGGGAGAAGCGCUCCUGUUGUCGGGAUUCAUACUGUCCCCGCUCCCACAAUCGCAACUAUUCCUAUACGGAUUCAAAUACCAUCUAGAGAGCAAAAGGUUUCUGAAUACUUGGAAACAGUACAAAGACAGUCCACCGACAUGAUCCCUUUCGAACAACUAGGGCUACAUCAUAUUGCUAAAAUAUCAUCCGAUGGGAAGCAUGCAUCCGGCUUUCAGACUCUACUUGUUAUUCAUGCCAAAAACAACGGAGAAACACGAGAUAACUUUGGCAAAUGGAAGUUCGGCAACAGUCAGCAAUCUUUUAACACAUAUGCUUUAAUCCUGGAGAUACAACUUAAACCGAAGUCCAUCUUGGCAACAGCGAGUUUCGAUUCAAGGGUUAUUAAACCGUGGGUUGUACAAAAAAUGCUACAGCGCCUUGACUUUGUCAUGGCUCAACUUGAUGAUGUUGAUCAACCGCUGAGCGCAGUGCGGAUGCUCACAUCCCACGACUUGGAACAAAUCUUGAAGUGGAAUGCUGCUGUUCCGCCGACGGUUGAACUGUCUAUUCCUGAGUUGGUCCAGAAACACACCCAAACUCAGCCCGACGCAGUAGCUAUAUGUGCAUGGGAUGGGCAAAUCACAUACCUCGAAUUGGAAAGGCUUAGCACAAGUCUUGCCGGUCAUUUGAUUGCCCUUGGAGUUUGUCCUGGGGUACUGGUGCCAGUGCACUUUGAAAAGUCUAUGUGGACGACCGUUGCGAUCCUCGCUAUCCUCAAGACCGGGGGUGGUUUUGUCCUGCUAGACCCUUUUCUUCCACAAAAGCGUCUCAAAGAAAUCAUACGACAAAUCGAUGCCAAGUUGAUCCUAUCUUCUGUCUUGUACCGCGACGUCAGCCAGGGCUUGGCUGACCACGUCAUUACUGUCAACACCGAACUUUUCGUCAAUCAUCAAACACACUUUCAGCAACUGGGAAAGCUUGAUCCCUCAUCUACUGCCUAUGUGCUAUUUACAUCUGGUAGUAUGGGCGUUCCAAAAGGCGUCAUGAUAACCCACAAAAAUGUUGCAUCUGCAGUACCACAACAUAUCAAAAAGUUAGGCUACACGAGUCAUUCUAGGAUAUAUGACUUUGCAUCUUACAGCUUUGGAGCCGCCAUCAACAACGUUCUAGCGGCUCUCAUCUCCGGAGCGUGUCUUUGCGUGCCGAGCGACAAUGAUCGACGAAGCAAUUUGGCAGCUAGCUUGGUAUCGCUCCGCGCUUCCGUCGUACUUCUCACCCCCUCAGUUGCUGAGUCUUUAUCGCCCCAAAAUGUCCCCAACCUCCGUUGUAUUAUCUUUGGAGGUGAGGCAGUCCGAAUGAAGGAUGUCGCUCCAUGGUGGGGCCACGUCCAAGUUAUCACCGCAUACGGCUCGAGCGAAGUCACUACAAUCAGCACCAUCAAUUCAGAUGCUACUAGCCCUGAAGAGGCUACUCACAUUGGCAAAGCCGUAGGUGGUGUCAGUUGGAUAGUAGACCCAGAUGACCAUGAUUGCCUUCUGCCACCCGGAUGUGUUGGUGAACUCCUGCUGCAGGGACCAUUAGUUGGUGGCGGCUAUCUCGGUGAUGUUGAAAAGACCGAAAAGGCUUUUGUGGAGGGGCCUCGCUGGCUAAUCGACGCUGCAAACAACAGUGAAGAUAAUACCACUAGGGUCUAUAAGACCGGUGACUUGGUGAGAUACAACGAAGAUGGGAGCCUGUCAUACGUUGGCCGUAAAGAUGCGCAGGUGAAGAUACGCGGCCAACGGGUUGAGCUCGGGGAAGUUGAAACGAUGGUCCAAAAGUAUCUACCGGAUAACAAGAAAAUUGUUGCUGAGGUCAUUAUUCCACAAGCAGAAAGAACUACUCCAGUCCUUGUGGUAUUUACUGAGCCGAAAAUCUCUGCAGAGGCUACGGAUGAAGUGAAGCUCCUUCGGUUACCACCAGAUAUCGAACUGAGACUCGCCGAAUACCUGCCGACAUACAUGAUACCAUCAGUAUUCGUCCUAGUCAAAGAACUGCCAAUGACUCCUACGGGGAAGAUGAAUCGGAGACGACUGCGCGAGAUCGGAGCUACAUUCUCACUAGAUCAGCUUGUGGAAAUACAGACAGGUGAAGGAACGAAGCGGUCGCCAACCACACGACUUGAGCACCAAAUCCGGGCUGUUUGGUCCGAAGUUCUGAACAUUGAUGUCUCCAGGAUUGGAAUAGAUGAUAGUUUCUUUCAACUUGGUGGUGACUCUAUCUCCGCUAUGCGGGCAUCAUCUUUGGCCAUGAGAUUGCCCAUCCAACUGCGAGUGGUUGACAUUCUGAGGGAGAAAACCAUCGCCAACAUUGCCAAAGCCGUCAACUCAGCUACUCCAUCUGCAUUGAAUACAGGGAAAACAAAUCUUGUUACCAAAGCGGACGUGAUAUCAUCUCAUCUCAGCCCAAUCCAGAGACUAUAUUUUCAUCUUCAGAGAGAUCCAACCGUUUGCUUCGAUCAAUUCUUUUACCUUAAAUCAAGACGAAGCAUUGCAGCAGAUUCUUUGUACAAAGCACUUGAGACUAUUGUUCGUCGACAUGACAUAUUGCGUGUCCGAUUCAAGAGGGCUGAGGGCGGGGCUGCAUGGAAGCAACACAUAGCUGAUUCUGUCUCUGAAUCAUUUCAUCUUGACGUCAAGGAAUUUCCUGGUUCUCAAUCAGCCGCUGAGACUAUUUCCCAGUGCCGCGGGCGCCUGAAUAUACAGGAUGGUCCAAUACUAACAGCGGUGUUACUUAACAAAGCUACCAAUGACCAGACAUUGUUCAUUGACAUUCAUCACCUUGUUGUUGAUCUAGUCUCGUGGCGGAUUAUCCUGUCCGAGUUGGAAGACUUUUUGGAAAAUGGGACGAUCAUGACACCAGCACCUUCUGUAGACUUCCGCUCUUGGAUUACUAUGCAAGCACAAUAUGCUACCAGAAUGCUACCAGCCGCCACUGGUACCUAUACCCAGCCAAAUCACCAGAGAAGUCUUGACUACUGGGGAAUGAGCAGCUCAGCUGCAAAUACACGAAAUGGUAUUAUAGCCAAGAAAUUUGUCAUUGAUGAAUCGGCAAGUUCAGUCAUUCUAGGUCGAGGAAAUGAUAUUUUCAAUACUCGCCCUCUUGAGCUCAUAAUCUCUGCGCUCAUAUUCUCGUUUAGUCGCACAUUCCAGGAUCGCCCCCCUCCUAUUAUUUUUAGCGAGGGCCAUGGUCGCGAGACAUGGGAUGACAAUAUUGAUAUUUCAACAACAAUCGGCUGGUUUUCAACUAUUUCUCCUGUACAGGUCACAGGUACUACAAUACAUAACCUUACAGACGUCAUUCGCCGCACAAAAGAUUCCAGGCGAAGCCUAUCAAAAAAUGGUUGGGAAUACUUUACAUCUCGUUUUGCCGAUGAAGCAGAUUCUGUGAUAUUCUCUCAAGAAUACCCGGUUGAGAUAAUGUUUAACUACGCUGGCGCUUAUCAGCAGCUGGAGCGCAGCAAUGGGCUCUUUGAACAUGCAACCCUCCCGGCGGGAUGUGACCCUCCCUCUAGCCUCCAUGUGCAAAGAUUUGCGCUCUUUGAUAUAGAUGUUUGGGUUGAUAAAGGCCAGAUUGCCGCAUCUAUCGAAUUUCACAAAAGCAUGAAUCGGCAAGACAGAAUUGCUUCGUGGAUUCGUAACUUUGAAGCUACUCUAAGCGACAUGGCCCUUGAACUUUGCAGUGGUUCAGUAAACUGGACUUUAAGUGACUUCCCGCUUGCGUUUAAGUCUUACGAUUCAAUUAAUGAAUUCCGCAAUACUUGGACUCAGCUUUCUUUUCAACCCGCCGAUAUCGAAGAUAUUUUCCCCUGCUCACCUCUACAAGAAGGAAUACUAGUAUCACAAGCUAGGGAAGCAACCAAUUACCAGCGGUGGGUUGAAUUUGAAAUCCGAGUCAAUGGCGACAAUUGCCUCGAUAUCGACAGACUCAAACAAUCUUGGAAGGCUGUUGUAAAGCGCCAUGCCCUCUUGAGAACCAUCAUCUUCGACACCUUCCCCGGGACAAACAAGAUGAUGCAUGUUGUUCUCAAAGAUCCGACUCCGAGCAUAUCUUGCGCAACUACUAAACUGGAUGCUCCCAAAGGGCUAAGCAAAGACAACCUUCAACAUCAUCUUUCAAUUUUUAAUAUCGAAAAAAGCAAAGCUCACAUACGCCUUGAGAUGAACCACGCCAUCACCGAUGGCCUCUCACAAGAACUCUUAUGCCGGGAUCUUCAGUCCGCAUACGGUGGGGCCAUCCUUGAUACUGCGGGAUCAUAUAAAGAUUUUAUCGAGUAUUUAGAGAAACAACCGCAUGAAGAUUAUGAGGCGUUUUGGAUUCAUAAUUUGUCUGGAAUCGAGCCAUGUCUUCUUCCCCUCCCACCCUUUAACGGCGAUGAUUCUUUUACCAAAACACCCAAUUCAGUACACGUCCAAGGUAUUGAAACCCGCAAGAUCCGCGACUUCUGUGCGAGCUUUGACGUGACGCCCGCCAUACUAGCUCAACUUGCGUGGGCCCUUGUCUUAAAAGCAUACACAGGAGCCACCUCACCUUGUUUUGGGAGCCUUUUCUCUGGUCGCGAUGUGUUGGUUCGUGGGGCUCAGGACACCUUUGGACCUUUUAUUGGGCUAGUUCCAUUCCGCAUUCACCUCACACAGGAGGACACUAUUCUUGACAUCUUGAAGCAAACCCAAGAUAAUUAUCUGAGCAUCUUACCCUACCAGCACUUCCCCCUCGCAAAAAUUCAUAGAGCCCUUGGGUUAGGUUCACAGCCACUCUUCAACAGCUUGGUAUCAUUCCAGAAGGUUGAUGACUACGAUGGCACGGAUGGGACAGAACUACUCAUUAAAGAAAUCGCCAACUUUGAUCCAACUGAGUACGAUGUAACGAUUGACGUCACGGAUAGCACCACAGAAAUCGAUAUCCAGGUGAGCUCUAGGCCGGGAAGCCUAACAUCAAACGCAACCAUCCGCCUUGCAAACUGCAUAAGCGUAGCACUUUCCAAGCUCGUACAAGAUCCUUAUCAAAGUGUCCAAGAGAUGGCUGUAAUCAGCGUGCCCGAUCUACAACAAUUACAGAAGUGGAACUCUGCACUCCCUGAAACUCUGGAUAGAUGCAUUCAUGAUAUCAUUGAUGAACGCGUUAAAGCUCAACCGAAUGCACCAGCAAUUUGCUCUUGGGAUGGUGAUCUCACCUACCUAGAACUAGAUCGUCUCGCCAAUGGUUUGGCCAAUCGACUUUCUCAACUUGGAAUCGGACAAGGCAUGGUAAUACCACUCUGCUUCGAGAAAUCACUCUGGACGUCAGUUGCCAUACUUGCCGUGCUAAAAGUCGGCGGUGCUUUCGCGCUCCUCGACACCUCACUACCAGAGCAGAGAUUGCAGGCAAUUGUUGAUCAAAUUGAGGCAAAGAUCAUCCUCACGUCCACCUUAAAUCUCGGCCUUAGUUCAAGACUAUGUAAGAACGUCGAACAGAUUGGCGCGGAUUCUGUGACUGCUACCGAUCAUCUCGUUCAUCGGAAGCCUCAGUCCUCUGCAACUGCCAUCUUUGCCAUAUUUACAUCGGGAAGUACUGGUACUCCAAAAGCUGCCAUACUCACUCACUCAAAUAUCGCCACCUGCUUGAAACACCAAGUUGAGCUGCUCGGUUUCACCAAGGAAUCCAGAGUAUAUGAUUUCGCUUCCUAUGCUUUCGACGUCUCCGUGCAUAACCAAGUCGCCACGUUCGUCACAGGAGGCUGUCUAUGUGUCCCUUCUGAUGACGACCGAAAGAAUAAUUUGACCCAUUCAAUAAAUGCCAUGCAAGCUACCAUAAUCACUAUUACACCUUCGGUGGCCCGUCUUAUCGACCCCCAUAUGGUUCCGCGUCUCGAAACCCUCAUAAUAGGCGGAGAGAUCAUCACCGUGAAUGAUGCUGCUCGGUGGUGGGGAAAGGCUCAUGUCGUAAAUAUUUACGGGCCAGCCGAAUGCCACAUCAGCACAAUCAAUGCCGCCGCGACCAAACCCGAGGAGAUUGUUCAUAUCGGUAAAGGUGUCGGCUUACUGGCCUGGAUUGUCGACCCAAACAAUCAUAAUUGUCUAUUGCCCAUUGGCUGUAUCGGAGAGCUCGUCCUCGAGGGCCCGCUUGUGGGUAACGGCUACAUCAAUGACCCGGAGAAAACAGCCGCUGCAUUUAUUCAAGACCCUCCAUGGCUGAUACAAUUUGGCCGUAGUGGCCGAAUGUACAAAACCGGUGAUUUGGUAUGCUACAAUGAGGAUGGAACACUCGUGUUUCUUGGCCGAAAAGACACCCAGGUUAAGAUUCGUGGCCAGCGAGUCGAACUUGGAGAAAUCGAGCAUCGAGUCGAAGAGUGCUUUCCGGAGUCUAGUCAAGUGGCUGCGGAAGUUAUUGGCCCACAUAGUAAUAGGAUUCUGGCUGCAUUUAUCCAGUACGAGACCAGCCCUGCCACGGCCACAUUGCUAUCUGUCCGAUCCCAUAUCAUGGAUCACCUGUCAAAGCACCUUCCCCACCACAUGAUACCUACUCUAUUCUUUUCUAUGCACCAACUUCCAAUGACCACCACAGGAAAGGUUAACCGAAGGAGUUUGCAAGAGAUUGGUGCCUCACUCUCUGCUCAGGAUGUGGCAGAGAUGCUGACCACCAUGCGAGGACUCAAGCGCCGGCCAAUAACUGAAAUAGAGCAACUAAUGCAAGCAAUUUGGGCUCGUAUUCUUGAUAUCAAAACAGAGACUAUCGGUCUUGACGAUGGCUUUUUCCAACUUGGCGGCGAUUCGAUUGGUGCGAUGAAAGUUGUGGCCGAAUCUCGCAAACUUGGACUUCACCUGACGGUUGCGGACAUCUUCACUUACACUACCCUGCAAAACAUUUCUCAGCAAAGCCUCGGUACUCAGGUGCCACCUUUUCAGGAAAUACCUCCAUUUGGGCUCAUAAGCAAAGAAGCCAAUAUUGACUCACUCAUUCAAGAUAUCGUAACGCAACAUCAGCUUGAAGCUACUGUCGUGGACAUUUACCCAUGCACACCUCUUCAAGAAGGCCUCUUCUCCUUGUCGCUUAAGCGCGUGGGCGAUUACAUCAUGCAGGCGACCUUGGAACUGCCGCCUGACAUUUGUCUUGACACAUUUAAGAAAGCAUGGGAGCACGUAUUCUGCACCAUGCCGAUCCUACGCACGCGUAUUGUCCAGACAGACUUCGGCUUGCAGCAAAUCGUCCUUGAUGAAAAACUGCAAUGGGUCGAGACGACUGACCUUGAAAAUUAUCUCCAUGCUGAUAGAUAUCAUGCAAUGGGUAUCGCUAAGCCACUUAGUCGUUACGCGCUCAUUCAAGACCAUGACGGUGUUUCGAAGUGGUUUGUUUGGACUAUGCACCACGCUCUGUACGAUGGCUGGUCUGAGCCGAUUCUGAAUCAGGCGGUGUAUGAGGCUUAUCUGGGAUAUAAACCCGAGCCGGGGCCCCCAUUUCAACACUUUAUAAAGUAUAUUGAGGAUCGGAACAAUAAGCAGAUGGAAGACUAUUGGAAGAACGCUUUCAGCGGUUGUGCCACGGUGCUGUUUCCGACCCUUCCACCAUCCAUUAAGGAGCCACUGGCAGAUAAGUCAAUCGAGCACUGCUUCUCUUAUCCCAGAAAGCGGACCCAUAACAUCACGAUAUCCACGUUGAUUCGUGCAGCUUGGGCUCUAGUUGCUGGCAACAUGACUGACUCGAGAGAUGUUGUCUUUGGCGUCACAGUCUCUGGAAGGACUGCCCCAGUUCCUGGAAUCGACGCCUUGAUAGCUCCCACAAUCGCCACAGUCCCAGUCCGUAUAGCUUUCUCCAAAGAGCAAACGAUUGGAAGUCUUUUAGCCUUGGUACAACAGCAAUCCAUUGACCUGAUACCCAAUGAACAAGCCGGAUUGCAGAACAUUGCAAAGCUUUCUGUUGAGGCUCAGCAUGCGUGUAAUUUCCAGACAUUACUCGUAAUUCAGCCCCGAGAGAGUACCAUCGAUAAUCCUCUGGCCAAAUGGAGAAUUGAAGGCCAGCAGCGCUGGUUCAACACAUACGGCCUGACUCUCCUUAUCCAGAUCUCGUCAGGAAAUAUCACGGUCAAUGCCAGCUUUGACUCUAGGGUGAUAGACCCAUGGAACGUGAGCCAACUGAUGCAGAGACUCGAAUAUGUCUUUUCACAACUAGCUAGUGCACCACCAGAUGAUACACUGAACAGCAUUGAGAUGGUCACACGCCAAGAUCUUGAGACAAUCUGGCAGUGGAACGCGGCUGUGCCCACAGCUGCUGAUCAGUUUGUUCAAGAAAUGAUUGCAGACUUUGCCCAGACCCAGCCGAAUGCGACAGCUAUUUGUGCCUGGGACGGCAACUUUACUUACAAAGAGCUUGACGAACUCUCAACGAAACUUGGAGCGUAUUUAUUCAAGCUGGGCGCCAAUCCCACAACGUUUGUGUCAAUCUUCUUCGAGAAGUCCAAGUGGAAUACGGUUGCAAUGCUCGCCGUGAUGAAAUCAAGCGCAUCUUUUGUUCUACUCGAUCCCUCGCUUCCGAUGCGGCGCCUGGAAGCGAUGGUAAAAGAAGUGCAAGCGAUCAUGAUUGUGACAUCCCCUCUCAAUAGGUCUACAAGCGAGAGUCUCUGCAAAAAUGUUAUUACUCUGAAUUCCGCAUUUCUCAACGAACUAAAUGACGAGGUGGCUCUGCCUCAGCCUCCUGACUUCAAUGGAAUUAACUAUGUGGUAUUCACCUCAGGAACAACGGGAAACCCCAAAGGUGCCGCAAUAACCCACAAAAACUCUGCUUCUGCUGUGAAGUACCAAGUCCCAGGGUUCGGGUAUACCACUGAAUCGCGAGUUUACGAUUUCUCUACCUACAGUUUCGAUGGGGCGCAUUUCAACGCUUUCACAGUUCUCGCAGCAGGUGGCUGCCUUUGUGUCCCAACCGACCACGACCGAAAAAACAACUUGGCGGAAAGCAUGGAGGCUUUAAAAGCUAACACUGUUUUUUUCACGCCGACGGUUGCGGCACUUUUAUCACCAAUACAGCUCCCUCACUUGAAGACAAUGAUUCUGGGCGGAGAGGCCAUCCGUGUGAAUGACAUCAAACCAUGGUGGGAUGCUGAAGGAGUGCGCGUAUUCACGCUGUAUGGUACAAGCGAAUGCACGCCAGUUAGUAUGAUCAAUCCAUUCCCAGAAACACCGGAAGCAGCCGUCGAUAUUGGAAAUGGAUACGGGGUGGUAACUUGGGUAGUGGAUCCGGAUAACCAUGAUUCUCUUAUGCCAUUAGGGUGCGUCGGCGAACUCCUUGUCGAGGGCCCUCUGAUUGGCACGGGUUAUAUAAAUGAUCCAGCCAGGACUGACGCAGUGUUUAUCGAAAGUCCAACUUGGAUGGCGCAACGUGGCCGUACUGGCCGUCUCUACAAAACUGGCGAUCUUGUUCGCUAUAAGCAAGAAGGCGGUCUUCAAUUUCUGGGCAGGAAGGAUGCGCAAGUUAAAAUUCGAGGUCAACGGGUUGAGCUUGAAGAUGUGGAGUGCUUGAUUCAGGAAUCCAUGCCCAGCGUGAUACGAGCCGCUGUGGAAGUGAUCACGCCACAAGGAACUAAUUCGAGUCCCAUCUUGGUUGCAUUUCUCCAAAUGAAUCAUGAAACGUCGGUCCCUGACCAGCCGCAGAUGGUAACUACAUCCACAGCUAAGAUUAUUACAAUACCUGUGGAGGUUGAGCAAACACUAUCCCAGAAUCUUCCUAGUUAUAUGCUCCCGUCUGUGUUUUUUGACAUGAGAGCGCUUCCGCUGGGAACCACGGGCAAAUUGAACCGGAAACAAUUACAAGAGAUGGCUUCAUCAUUAUCCUCUCAACAGUUAGCCGAAGCGCGAGUUAUUCACGCGGGUCCGAAAAGACAGCCAACAACGGAUAUUGAACGCAGAUUGCAGCACCUUUGGGCAAAAGUUCUAGAUAUUAAACCCGCCUCCAUGGUUGGGUUAGAUGAUAGCUUCUUUAAGCUAGGGGGCAACUCAAUCACUGCUAUGAAAGCUGUUGGCGAGGCUCGCAAGCUUGGCCUUCAGCUUUCAGUGGCUAAUAUCUUUCUUUACCCCAGCUUACACCAGACGGCGGAGCAUGUUAUGUCUUUAGAGAACAACGCUCCGACACAAAUGAUAACAAAAUCUGAAGCAAACGAACCUACAGAGCAAUCGUUUGCACAGGGUCGUUUAUGGUUUCUUGAACAGCUUUAUCCAGGUCUCAAUUGGUAUCUCAUGCCUUGCAUAAUGAGACUAAAAGGUCCUCUUAACAUUGAGGCACUCGACAUUGCUCUGACGUCUCUUGAACGCCGGCAUGAAACACUUAGAACUGUUUUCUUUACUGUAGAUGGCGUUGGGAUGCAAAGGGUUCUUCCCAUAAGAGACCACUCUCGUUUGAGCAUCAUUCAAACGACAUCAGAUCAGAACUCAAGCCUCGUGGAUGCCCUUCGAAGGGACGAAACUACUCCAUUUGAGCUAAAGAAAGAGCCCGGAUGGAGGACCGUGCUCUACAAAGUCGAAGAAAACCACUAUGUUCUAUCAAUUGUCAUGCAUCACAUCAUUUCCGACGGUUGGUCUGUUGAUAUUCUUCGCAAGGAACUGGCGUCGUUCUAUUCUGCAGCUAUUCGUGGUGUCCAGGAUCCUCUUUCCCAAAUCGACCCACUGCCAGUUCAGUAUCGCGACUUUUCAAACUGGGAAAAGACGCGCAAUAGUGAAUAUGAGCGACAGCUUGAGUACUGGGCUGCCCAACUAAAAACCAGCCGACCGGCCGAGAUGUUCUGCGAUAGACCGCGUCCUGCGUCACUAUCAGGAUAUGCCGAUGUCCAAAAAUUCACCAUCACCGGAAGGCUAUAUGAGAUGCUGGAGCAAUUUUGUCAAAGAAACAAUGUUACACCUUUCAUUACGCUACUUGCGGCUUUCCGUGCGACUCAUUAUCGCCUCACCAAUCAGCAUGAUGCCACUAUAGGAAGUCCUAAUGCUAAUCGCGACCGAUGGGAGAUCAAGGACGCAAUUGGUUUCUUCGUCAACAUGCAAUGUCUCCGUAUAGUCGUCGACGAAGAGCCAAUGAGUUUUGACAAAUUAGUCGAGCAAGUUCGGUCCGUCACUAUUGACUCAUUUGCCAAUCAAGACGUUCCAUUUGAAAGAGUUGUCUCCAAGUUGCGACACAGUAGGGAUCUGUCGCGGCAUCCUCUCGUACAAAUGAUAUUUGCAGUUCACUCCCAGUUAGACCUGGGACAGUUCGCUUUCGAAGGCAUUGAAGCCCAAUAUAUUGACCAGUCAAUCACCUCACGAUUCGAUCUUGAGUGCCACCUAUUCCAAGAACGAGCUGGCUUUCGUUGUGAGCUUCUCUAUUCAACAGAUAUCUUGUUUCACGAAACAAUUAGCAAUUUCAUAUCUACGUUCAAUGAACUUCUAAGACAAGCUCUCGACGACCCACGGUUAUCAAUUCAAUCCAUGAAUCUAUUGGCAAAUGAUAGCCUCGCCAUGCUAAACGCAAAAUUAGCCAUGGGAAAUGUUACUACAGAUUACCCUCGAGGCGUAAGCGUGGUUGAUCUCUUCCGGCAGCAGGUGAUCAUGUGUCCAAAUAAAAUAGCUGUGAAAGAUACUGUUUCGCAGCUAACAUAUACUGAUUUGGACCAACGGUCCGAUGUUAUUGCCUCCUGGCUAAUUGGACGCAAACUCGUUCCCGAAACUUUGGUUGGUGUUUACGCCGCCCGCUCGUGUGAAACAAUUAUAGCAUUUUUGGGGGUAUUGAAAGCAAAUUUGGCUUAUUUGCCAUUUGAUUCAAAGAUACCUGUUGGUCGAAUGGAUCGCGUUCUCACAUCUAUCAACGGCUCUAAUAUUGUCCUUGUCGGCAGUGGUGUCCAGCCUCCUCUUCUCAAAAAUGAUGUUGAGUUUGUUCAUAUAGAGGAAAUUGUCAGCAAUCUAUCAACCAUUAGAAUCUUGAAAGGGUCGCAGACCCCUUCACCAAGGAGCUUAGCCUACGUUAUGUUUACGUCCGGGUCAACGGGUGCGCCAAAGGGCGUCAUGAUUGAACACGGUAAUAUUGUGCGGCUCGUCAAGAAUACAAAUAUGCUACAGCAUUCAUCCACUGCCGUAAUGGCGCACAUGUCAAAUAUUGCUUUUGACGCAUCGACAUGGGAGAUAUAUACCGCUCUGUUAAACGGUGGGACUUUAAUCUGUAUCGACACAACAGCGACUUUGGAUUGCGAGACAAUGACUAGUACUUUUUCGACGGAGCAUAUCGAAGUCAUGUUCAUCACACCAGCUCUUCUAAAGCAAUAUCUCUUGGAUUGUCCCUCCAUCGUUAGUGGGUUAGAGACUUUAUACAUUGGUGGUGAUCGUUUAGAUCUUCAGGAUGUAUUGAAAGCUCGUACCCUCAUGAAAAACGAUAGUAAGAUUGUCAACGGAUACGGUCCAACUGAAAAUACCAGUUUCAGUACCAUGUAUACCUUGUCCGCAAAUGAACUCUGUACGAAUGGUGUACCAAUUGGGCGGGCUAUUAGCAACUCUGGUGCAUAUGUUAUGGACUCACGGCAGCAUCUCGUCCCUCUCGGCGUAGUGGGAGAACUAGUUGUUACCGGCGAUGGAUUGGCUAGAGGAUAUAUCGACAGUGAACAAAAUAUCGAUCGAUUCAUUACUAUUUCUGUGGAUGGAAAGGGUUCUGUCAGGGCCUAUCGUACCGGCGACUACGUCCGUAAUCGACCUUCAGAUGGGCUUCUCGAAUACAUUGGACGAGCUGAUGGACAAGUCAAGGUUAAUGGCCAGCGUGUUGAGCUUGAAGAAAUCGAUCAUAUCUUGCGCAGCCAUGAAAGCAUUUCAGAUGCCAUUUCCGUAUUCCAAGAAAUAGAAGGGCGAGAUAUGCAGCUGGUUAGUUUUGUUACUUUGCAAACGACUAGCACUGAAGAGCAAGUUCAAGAUUUUGAAGAGAUAAGCGCCGAUGAAGCCAAACAGGUUGAAACAUGGGAGGAGCUUUUCAAUAAGGAUACAUAUAAUGCAUUUGACAACCUUCCGUCCAGCCUAGCAGGACGAGACUUCGUCGGCUGGUGCUCAAUGUAUCAUGGGUACGAUAUCGAUACUGAGGAGAUGAACGAGUGGCUCGAUGAUAGUAUUAACAGCAUCACCAAUGGAUCUAAAUCACUCAACGUUUUAGAGUUGGGAUUUGGAAGUGGCAUGAUUUUGUUCAAUCUCUCUUCAAUUUUGGAGAGCUAUAUUGGUCUUGAUCCAGCGGAAAAGGCUAUCAACUGGGUUGCGAAAUCAUCAAAAGUCAUCCCCGAACUCUCUGACAAGAUCCGUUUACAGAAGGGCACGGCAGCAGACAUACGACAGCUGGGGUCAAUAUCACCCAACAUUGUCAUCGUCAACUCUGUUGUCCAAUAUUUUCCCAAUCACGAGUACUUACUAAAGGUUAUUGGAGAUAUUCUUCAACUGGAGAGUGUCACAACGGCCUUCUUUGGCGAUGUCCGCUCGUACGCAACGUACAAAGAAUUUCAGGUUGCCAAAGCUCUCUUCCAGUAUGGGAACGAUGCUGGCAAGGACGAUAUCCGGAAUUUCAUGGCAGAGAUGGAGCAGAGGGAAUUGGAAUUAUUGAUUGAUCCAGGCUUCUUCACUGGAUUGCAAACUCAAUUUCCUGGCCAGAUCCAUCAUGUUGAGAUAUUGCCAAAACGAAUGAAGGCAGUAAAUGAACUAAGCUGCUUCCGAUUUGCCGCUGUAAUACAUUUGAAGCAUGGCGGCUUCGAGCAAAAAGUCCACGAGGUUAACGAAAAUGAGUGGCUGGACUUCUCAAAACAAAAGCUAGAUCAGGAAAGCCUUCUGGAGCUAUUGCGAAGCUCAACGCUUCCCCUAGCCAUCAGCAACAUUCCGUACAGAAAAACCAUCCUUGAGAGAUUUAUCGUUGACUCGAUGGAAAAUAUUUCCAACGAUGACAAAAGCUGGCACUCAAACGCCAGUGAAAUGGCUGCAAGGCUCCCUUCUCUAGAUGCAGUUGACUUGGAAGAGCUUGCUAAACAAACGGGUUGCCGAGUUGAGAUUAGUUGUGCCCGCCAGUAUACUCAGCGUGGUGGUCUUGAUGCAAUUUUCCACCUCAAUGACUCUGGCGGAGAUAGGCGGACGCUGUUUCGAUUCCCCACAGAUCAUGAGGGACGAUCGCACUCUAAAUUGAGCAGCCGGCCUUUAGAGCAGCACACUAAACAUAGAAUUCGUCAACAGCUCCAAACGAAAUUUGAAGCUCAACUGCCAUCGUACAUGAUUCCAAAGAUCAUCACUUUCCUCGACAAAAUUCCAAUAACGGAAAACGGCAAAGUGGACCGCCAUAUGCUUGUGAAGAACUUACAGAGACGUACCGUGAGAAGGGGAACUUUGCAGCAGCCAUCUACCGAAAGGGAAAGACAAAUGCGGAACAUUUGGGCCCAAGUUCUGAAUCUCGAACCAUCUACAAUCAGUGUUUCAGAUAACUUUUUUGAAAUCGGUGGUGAUUCUCUCGCAGCUAUGAAGAUCGUGGGGCUGGCUCGUAAGGCUGGGCUAAGACUCACAGUCGCCGAUAUUUUCCGUGGCUCCGACUUGGAAACGAUUGCAAGCAACAUCACAGUACUCGAUAGUACUUCUUUCAACAUAUCAAAAAGCGAAACAGACGGGCCUGUAGAGCAAUCAUUUGCUCAGAGGCGGUUAUGGUUUUUAGAGCAGCUUUAUCCCGGCUUGACAUGGUACUUGAUGCCAUGUGCCAUUCGAUUGAGAGGACAUCUUAAUAUUGAGGCUUUACAGGUAGCACUACUGGCCAUUGAGAGACGCCAUGAAACAUUACGAACCACUUUCGACACUGUUGACUCCAUCGAAGUGCAAAUAAUUCGGCCAUUCCUGCCUAAUGAUCUGAAAGUUAUCGAUGUCAUGGAUGAAGAUACUCUGAUGGCAGCGUUGCACCAAGACUAUGCAACUCCGAUGGAUCUACGGAAGGAACCCGGCUGGAGAAUUAUGCUGUAUAGACUUGGGCAUAACAGCCACGUGUUAUCAAUUGUUAUGCAUCAUAUUAUUUCUGACGGUUGGUCGAUCGAGAUUCUCCAAAAAGAAUUGGCGACAUUUUAUAAGAUGGCAAUUCAGAAACAAGAUCCUCUAUCAAUGAUAGAGGCGCUCCCCAUUCAAUAUCGUGACUUUUCUGUCUGGCAGAAGUCGAAGCCUCAAGCGCAUGAACAUGAAAAACAACUUGAAUACUGGGUGAAUCAGCUAGAGACAAGCAAAGCAGCUGAGUUUCUUUGUGAUAAGCUGAGGCCCGCUACUCUCUCUGGCCAUGCAGGCAGACAGAGUCUGAGACUUGAGGGCGAAAUUUUUAAUCGGCUCCAAAUGUUCUGCAAGUCACGCAAAGUAACACCCUUUACCGUUUUGCUUGCAGUCUUUCGAGCUACCCAUUUCCGAAUGACAGGCGUUACCGAUGCCAACAUCGCCACGGUUAACGCUAAUCGCCAUCGAUGGGAAGUCAAGGAUAUGAUUGGAUUCUUCGUCAACCUUCAAAGUAUCCGAAUCUGGACUGAAGAAGAAUCCUUAGAAGAUCUUGUCCAAAAGGUUCACAAGACUUUAGUUGAUUCAAUUGCCAACCAGGACGUGCCAUUUGAAAACAUUGUUUCAAAAUUGCAAACGGAUAGAGACCAAUCUCGUCAGCCUCUGUCACAGAUUUUAUUUGCUCUUCAUUCUCAAAAGAAUCUUGGGUCAUUUAAAUUAGAAGGCUUAAUCACAGAACAAAUUCCUGUGCCUCCGACGACUCGAUUUGAUAUGGAGUUUCACUUUUUCCAAGAGUCGGGUGCCCUUCAAGGAGAACUCUUGUUCUCAACUGACCUCUAUAUCGCUGAAUCCAUCGCCAGCAUUCUUUCCACGUUUGAUAUGAUGCUGAAAAAUUCUCUUGAACAUCCUAAUAUGCCUAUAACCUCCCUGCCCUUGCUGUCGGAUGAAGGUCUUGUGGCACUGAAACAGAGGGGCCUUAUCAACGUUGUCCUGCCAGAGUAUCCUCGGGACUCUAGCAUUGUGGAUCUCUUCCGUGAGCAAGUAGCACUCCAUCCCCAGCGCUUAGCUGUCAAAGAUGACUCUCCUAUGGAGCUCACAUAUGCGCAGCUUGACAAAUUGUCAGACGAUCUGGCUCAUUGGCUAAGCAAGCAUUCAUUUUCUGCCGGAACUCUUAUCGGCGUUUUUUGUAGGCGAUCUUGUCAAUCAGCUCUUGCUUUCAUGGGUAUUCUGAAGGCUGGGUUGGCGUAUCUACCAUUCCACCUGAAGACACCUCAGUCUAGAAUGAGAGCUAUUCUGUCAACAUUACCAGGUCGUAAGAUGGUCAUGGUUGGCAGCGACAUUGCAAGCCCUAGCUUACAACUCGAAGACACCGAAUUCGUUCGCAUUACGGAUGCAUUGGAAGAGCAAAUAUCACGGAAUUAUAGACCUCAAUCAUACGUCACGGUUUCGGGUGAGAGUCUCGCAUAUGUCAUGUUCACAUCUGGUUCGACAGGUAAUCCCAAGGGUGUCAUGAUCCAACACCGAGGCAUCGUCCGCUUAGUGAAAGGGAGCAAUGUGGUCAAGCAUCUUCCCCCUGCAGCGAUCAUGGCCCACCUAACAAAUAUUGCAUUUGAUGUUUCAGCAUGGGAAAUUUAUGCAACGCUUCUCAAUGGUGGUACAUUAAUCUGUAUCGAUACUGCAGUACUCCUGGACCCCAGAGCAUUAACCGAUACAUUCAACAAGGAGAAUAUCCAAGUUGCCUCUUUCACACCAGCGCUCCUCAAAAUUUUACUAGAGCAGGCCCCUACUGCCCUUAGUUCCGUUGAGGCUCUAUAUGUCGCUGGAGAAAGGGCUGACGCCCGAGAUCUGGUAGCUUUACGAACUCUCAUGAAGACCAACGUGGUCAUCAAUGCCUAUGGGCCGACCGAAAAUUCAAUCUUCAGCACAUUUUACGUCAUGUCUAGCGAGGAAAAAUGUGUAAACGGUGUGCCUAUCGGGCAUUCAGUUAGCUGUUCGGGCUCAUAUGUUGUUGACAAGAACCAGCGUCUUGUGCCCCCUGGCGUUAUUGGAGAGCUAGUGGUCACUGGCGAUGGCCUCGCAAUGGGUUAUACUGAUCCUGGGUUGAAUGUCAACCGAUUUAUCACAAUCGAUAUCGAAGACGAAUUAGUGAAGGGGUAUCGUACUGGUGACUAUGUCCGUUGGAGGCCUACUGACGGAGAAAUCGAGUUUUUUGGACGUGUAGACGGACAAGUCAAAAUUCGUGGUCACCGGGUCGAAUUGGGAGAAAUCGAACACGCCCUACGAGAUUAUAACACGGUAAAUGAUGCGGUCGUUGUCUUGCAUCAUGAUGGACUUCGGGAACCGCAAAUAUUUGGUUACGUCGUUCCAGACGAGAAUAUUGAAAGCAGCCAAGGAUCUGACAUUGGCGUGAGCGAUCACGUAAAAGCAUGGGAAGACAUUUUUAAUACUGAGACGUAUCAAGCAGUUGGUCAAGUGGAAGCUGCAAAGAUUGGAAGAGAUUUCAUUGGCUGGUCUUCCAAUUACGACGGGAGCAUCAUUGGUACUACUGAGAUGAACGAGUGGCUUGACGAGACAAUCACCGCAAUAAAAAAUACCAGCCAGCCUCUGAGGGUUCUCGAGCUAGGGACAGGGACUGGCAUGAUCCUGUUUAAUCUGACCAACGAACUCAUCCAGUAUACCGGGCUUGAGCCGUCUGAGCGUGCCGUUGAGUUUGUUUUCCGCUCGGUCCAGUCAAUCCCCGCGCUUUCUAACAAGGUUCGAUUAUAUAAAGGCACAGCAGCCGAUAUUGGGACACUUCCUAGCACAGUGACACCCAAUGUUGUAAUCAUCAAUUCAGUCGCACAAUAUUUCCCCAGUCAGGAAUAUCUUCUUCGUGUUAUUGGAAGCAUUCUCAAGCUUGGCACUGUUGAAACGAUUUUCUUUGGCGAUGUUCGAUCGAACGCGCUCUACCGAGAAUUCCAAGCAAGCAGAAUCUUGUUCACUUUAGGCGAUGCAGUGAUUGGAAAGGACGAAUUUCGCCAGAGAAUCUCAGAGCUAAAUCGCACCGAGCAUGAGUUGCUCGUUGACCCCGCCUUCUUCACUGCUCUCACAAUCACGAUGCCACAGAUAGAGCAUGUCGAGAUCCUACCGAAACAUAUGCAUGCCACCAACGAACUGAGCGCUUACCGUUAUGCGGCUGUACUACACGUCAAAUCAAAAAAGCAGCGACGAAUUCGCGAGCUUGACAACAAUGAAUGGAUGGAUUAUGCGAAAGAGAAACUGGACAAAGAGUCGCUUCUGCAAUACUUACAAAGUACAAAGUCCGAUGUCAUAGGAUUUAGUAACAUUCCUUACAGCAAAAUCAUCUUUGAGAAAUUCCUACUUGAAUCGCUUGACAAUGGUUUGGAUCAUCACCAUUGGAUCUUCACAUCUCGUCAAUCGGCCCAGCGCUGUGCAUCACUGGCGCCCACUGACUUAACUGCACUGGCUGCAGCUGGUGGGUUCCGUGUUGAGAUUAGCUGGGCUAGACAAUACACCCAACGCGGUGGCCUCGAUGCCAUAUUUCAUCGUGGCGGUCAAGAAGCAGAGCAUCAUGGCAGAGCGCUGUUCAAAUUUCCUUUGGAACCUAGCGGUAGGCCGGCUCACUCUCUUACAAGCCGCCCAUUGCGUCAACAGUGGCAUCAAAAGAUUCAACAAGACCUCUAUGAGUUGCUGAGGGCUCAGCUCCCUUCUUAUAUGAUCCCUCAAGCGAUCAUUAUUCUUGACAAGAUGCCGGUUAACGACAACGGGAAGGUAGAUCGCAAAGCACUUCCUAUUCCGCACAAAGCCCAUGCCCUUGUGGCACCCGGGACAAUUGCAACGCCCAAGAAUGAUACGGAACGAGCUAUGCAGAAAAUUUGGGCCAACGUCCUCAACAUCGAUCAUUCUCUAAUCAGCCUUCGCGAUAAUUUUUUCCGCCUUGGAGGUAACUCUAUCACGGCAAUGAGGGUUGUUUAUGAAGCUCGCACAAUUGGUCUUAAGCUAGUUGUUGCCGAUGUCUUCAACUGCGAUACGCUUGAGCAAUUGGCUCGCCAUUGCGCGAAAGUCGGCGAGAAUGAGGAUGAUUACCAAGAAAUCAUCCUUGUUGAGCCCGCUGUCAAAACCGCUCUUUUAGAUGAGAUUGAUGGUCUUAAUCUAAACUUUCGUGGUUCUGCAGUUUCAGAUAUUCUUCCAUUAACAAACUUCCAGCGCAAGACAAUUAUUCACGGGAUUACAACUGGCCAGCAUGCCAAUUAUUUUUACCUUGACCUUGGCAAAGAUUUAAACAUGGAACAACUAAAGGCAAGCUGCGCAAUGACUUUGGAGAAAUUUCCUAUUCUACGCGCUUCAUUCCUAUUUCUGGGGGGAGAAUUUUGGCAGGUCAUUCUCCGCAACGGGCCGAAUCUAGCCCCAGUACAAAUUCGAGAUGUCAGCGAAGAUCUUGAUAAAGCCUCAAACAACUACUGCUUUGAAGAUUUGCAAAAAUUAAAAUCGUCAGAAUUUCCACUAGCUUUCAUUUUACUUCAUAGCCUUCAUGAUGGUUCACGAUUGAUUAUCCGCUUAUCGCAUGCUCAGUACGAUGGAAUAUCUUUCCCUCUUUUAUUCCAGUCGUUAAUUAACAGCUACAAUGGCAUUGAGCUUCCCCCUGGACCCGAUUUCUCAAAAUUCUUGUCAUACGGCCGCCAAAAACGGGAGAGCUCGAUCGCGUAUUGGAAGAACGUGCUACAGGGUUCAUUGCCAACUGCAAUUGAGCCAAAGAUACGUCCACCGAUUGAAGUCGGGGGUAUGAGUACUCCUCGGCGUAUAUUUGAAAAUGCGGAGCGCAGCGUGGGCUAUCCUCCUAUCAAGGAUAACGCACCAACAUGA